CGUCGUUUAUCUGUCUAACUUGAUAGCGUUAGGCGAGAAGCUGCAUCCAGCGAGCUCCAAGCGGGCUGCGGAGGAUGUCGACCCCGCUACGGGGACAAGCUCCGGGCGGGACGCUCGGGUCCAGUCGGCCGCUCCUCGCACAGUCGCCCCGUACCCGCAACUCUCUGCACCCAUGAAGCCCCCGCCGAUGAAGCCUCGAGCUGCCAGAGUGAGGCGGAAAGUGGCCCGAGACAGAGAGCAUGUACUGGCGCGUCGGGUUUGCCUGGACGCGGUCGUGUGUGGUCGAUCUUAGCCAGAACCAGAGCUUCUCCUCCGGCCUGCUGGGCUCCGAUGAGCAGCUCUCGUUUUAUGGGUACAUCAUCGCCUACCCACUGCAGGACUACGGAGGGAUAAUGUCAGCCCUGGGAUCGGACUCGUGGUGGCGGAAGACGCUGUAUUUGACUGGAGGUGCUCUGCUCGCCGCCGCUGCUUAUUUGCUGCACGAAUUGCUGGCCAUCAGAAAAGAGGAAGAGCUGGACUCCAAAGAUGCCAUCAUACUCCACCAGUUCUCCAGGCCCAAAACUGGUGUCCCCUCCUUGUCCCCUUUCUGCCUUAAGAUGGAGACCUACCUCCGUAUGGUUGACCUGCCCUACCAGAACUACUUUGAUGGGAAGCUCUCACCACAGGGAAAGAUGCCGUGGAUUGAAUACAACCAGGAGCAGGUGUGUGGUACGGAUUUCAUCAUCGACUUCCUGGAGGAGAGGCUGGGCGUGAGCCUCAACAUGAGCCUGACUCCACAGGAGAAGGCCGUGUCUCGCGCCAUCACCAAAAUGGUGGAGGAGCAUUUCUACUGGACGAUAGCUUACUGUCAGUGGGUGGACAACCUGGAGGAGACCCAGAAGAUGCUGUCUGUGAGCGGGCCGCUGAGUGACCUGCUCAAGUGGAUCCUGAGUCAUCUGACCGGUGGAAUCGUCAAGAGGGAGAUGUAUGGACACGGGAUCGGACGGUUCUCUGAAGAUGAGGUGUACGCCCUGAUGGAGGAGGACAUGCGCACCCUGGCCACUCUACUCGGUGAUAAGAAGUAUCUUAUGGGCUCAAAGCUUUCAACAGUAGACGCCGCAGUGUUCAGUCACCUGGCUCCUGCUAUGUGGACGCUACCAGGAACGCGGCCGGAGCAGCUAAUCAAAGGUGAGCUCAUCAACCUGGCCAUGUACUGCGAGCGCAUCCGCCGGCGGUUCUGGCCCGAGUGGUUCGUGGACCUGGAGGACUUCUGCUACAGCGACACCACAGAGGGCAGGGACUCUAAACUGGCAGAUUUGGGCCUCUACUCCUGCACGGACACCUUCCAGGACGUUACGCACACUUCACACACUCACACACCAAAGGACCCUCUGUCGCCCGACAGCGACCCCACCGGUCACUCGCUGUAUGACUCUGACAUGGACACGGAGUGCUCUGAAAUGGACCAGCUCAGGUGUUGACAAAACAUACAGGUGUUGUAGGCUACUCACCCCAUGUACGCACACCACAGGAGGGAGCUGCAUCCCACCUCUACACAUGCCCCCUACCUCUGUGAGCAGAAAAUAACUGGGUAGUAUUGUUGGUGUCUCCUGUGGCAGUGGAGAAGUUGAGGUCCAACUUGCACACUGUAGUGGAGGAAAGAUGGGGUCAAAAGGAACCAAAAAGUGACAGAUGGAGAGGAAAAGAACGAGAAAGCGGUACAGUUGCAGUGGAGGGAAAGCGAAAAGAGAGGCAGAGCAAGAUUCAAAACCAGGAGUAAAUGACGCCGCUGCUGAGAAACUCCUCCACGUGGUCGACAUCAUCUGCAGUCACAACUUCUCCCUGUUUUCACGUUGCCGGAACAAUGGCAACUAAAGGUGUGGCUGACCCCCUUUGUCCACCCGUCGCAGCUCGCACCACCCAGCCUUGUGUGUGUUUUGACUAACUGAACCCUUAACGCCUUGUAUUGAUACGACAUUGACACGUAGGGUACUGUACAGGGAUUCAUGCGAAUGAAGUGUAAAUAUAUAAAUGGGUUCGAUUUAAUAGAUAGAAUAUUUGCUUAUAUACGAGUAUAAAUAGUAUAGAUAGCCUGCAAAUAGAGAAUUAUCCCCUCUGUAAAUACUGUAGGUGUUUCUCCUUUGUGUUUGACACAAUGACUCUAAUCGUCUUGUAGUAGUCUUAAUGAAUACCCCCUCUGCUGGUCUAGGAUCAGUAUGAGGAGCCCUAUGACCUCCUGUACUGUAUGUAUCUGUCCACACAACUGGGAUAUUACAGUAAUGCCUGCUGCCCAAAUUCAAAUAGUGCAGUGAAACUCUCUUUUGUCUUAUUAAGACAAUUAUUUUGCCAAUUUUUUUAUUUUCCUACGUUAGAAGCAUAAUGUGACGACAUACAUUGUCAUUGAGGACAGCAGCUUUAGGUGAAACAGACAUUUUACAAGCAUUCAAGCAUUAAGAGCGACGUCUUAACAAUCGUAGAAAUAGAUGUAUCGUCUGAAUGAAAGUGCAUGGCUGGUACGUGCCAAUUCAAAUCUCCAUUUACACUUCACAUAGAUACUGUUAUCUACAUGUCUUAGCUGGCUCAUUCAUGAAGUUUCAUGAUGCAGUUUGUUCGUCGGUGCCUCUGACCAAAUCAGCCAAACUAAGAUGUAGCCGAUUAAUCCUGAACCUUUCAGCCAUUUGGUUUUUAUGAAGAUUCGAAAAAUGAUGGAAUUGCUCCAAAAAUGUCAUGUGACUCAAUAACAGAGCAGACGCAGGUUAAUGUUGUGCUACGCUGCGUUGUGUUUGGGGUGUGUCAUGGUUCGGUGCAGGUUUUCUGUGUGUUUGUCUCUCAGCAAAUGCACAUUUACCAACAUAUUGUAUGUUGAGGCUAUAAUAUGGAUGCAAGCAAAGGGUGUACGCACUAUGUAUGCGCACGGAUGAGCCACCCUUCUGUCUGUGAAUGAUGACACACUGAUGAGGUUUCACAGCCGAACCCACACACACACACACACACAAACUGUCAUGGUUAGGUGGCAGGACUUUGCAAGCGAAUCCAUUGGAAUGAAUUGAAAUCACUGCAACAUGUUGCCACUUUAAAAUGCUAGGUCUUAAUGCAGAUUUACAGAAUUUGUAGAAGCAUAAUCUGUUUCAAGACAGAGCAGCACAGAAAUGUCAGAAAGAUGUUAGUGUCUCCUUUACAUCAUUCGUCCACUAGAGAGCACUGAUAAGUUUACUUCAACUUCAAAAUGUCACACGCUCAAUAGACAUCUUCCAAUUAUUUUAUGACCAAAUUAAGGAAGUAUUAUCAAAAAUGUUUAAAAAAAUAAUAUUGGCCAAAAUGUUGCUAGCAGAUAUUUUGUUUUAUCUCUUAACUCCAGCAUCAGUCAGGCUCUCCGCGUGAAGUUGCUACACAAAAUGAAAUUUAUAAUGAAAUAAAUUGUAGCAUUAUAAUGUAGCAGUAUAUUGUGAAACAAGUAAGACGUCACUAUGACUCCGGUGUCAUCUCCGGUUGUUGAGGUGAGACGACGAUGUUGAUGACAGUGGCAUGAUGCGGAAGAAUAUAACGAUGUUUUGAUGACGGCAAUGAUCACCAUUUACCUCUCCCACUUCAUUUCAAGGCCUUCUGGAUUCUGUGUUUAACAAAAUAAUAUCAAAUACAUUAGGCAUACAUUCAAAGCCUCUAGUAGGGAGAUGGUAAAGCCUUUGUGUGUGUGUGUGUGUGUGUGUGUGUGUGUGUGUGUGCUGCAGAUGAACUUAAGUACAAUAAUAGAGUCUGAAAAAAUGUCAUUCUGUGUCUUAAAACUCCUCGUCUGCAUGUUCUUGCCUUCUCUCAUCCUUAGUCAGAUUAUGGAAACUGACUCCUUAAGCUGUUUACUUUAUAUCAGUGCCAGCAUAUGACUUAUGUUCUUAUAUGUCAUAUGAAUUCAUUUUAAUUUAUAUAUUUAUUAGUUUUGAUGGUGGAUGUGCUUGAAUUUGAAAAUCAAUAAUAAUGUUAUUUAUUUUGCACUUCUUCUGUUUGCACAUGUUUUUCUUCUAUGGCCGCGAGUCAAUCAAGUGUGUUGAUCUGUGUAUUAGUGCGAUACUGUAGGUUCUCUGACUUCCACUGAACAAACUGCAUUUUUUCAUUGCCGUAAUUGCAUGUAUGUCCAUGUGUUGAGAUGUCACGUGGUAAAUGUUAUAUCCAUAUCGUAAUAUCGAUGUCAUUGUGUUAAGAUAUUACAGUCCCUCCUCUGCUGCCAGUGCUACUUUUAAAAGUGGAAAGUUUUACUCUGCAGACCUUCAUGUCCUGUUGAAACCAUAAUAUAUAUAUUUUGAGGUAAAAUACCAAACUGACUGCGAGAGCUCAGAUCAGCAUGGUGAGGUCAGCCAUCCUGCUGAUCACCCAUUACAGGAGAAACUGUCCUUCCAGAUCAGCGGCUGUUGGCAACUUCAUUGUCUCAGUGUUCUUCAGCAGUCAGAGGUCAGGGGUCGGGGGUUCAGCCCAGCCGUGUGUGUGUGUGUGUGUGUGUGUGUGUGUGUGUGUGUGUGUGUGUGUGUGUGUGUGUGGGGCUCUCCAUGGAGAUUUCUGCUUGUAGACUGUAGAAGCCAUAUUGUCUGUGCUGCAACACUUGUGCAAUCUCAUCAAACUGUAAAUUAGAGAGCCAUGGGGAACAAGUCAAAUGAAUAUAACAUGAUCUAAAAGAAAUCACUCUGUACUCAUUAAAAAAAGAUGCUUGUGAAUGUAUCAUACCUAGAGAUAAAAAGCUGUAUGACAAUGGAUGACUCAUAAUAUUUCAUUAAAUAUAGCUGUGGUAUU